AUGAACGUGACCGCUCCCCUGCUGCUGCUGCUGUUCACCACCUGCAUGGUGAGUGGAGGGUCUCUGCCCAGAGCCGUCUGGCAUUUUGGGAGGAUGAUCACUUGUGCCCAGCCUGGCGUUAAUCCUUUAAUAUACAAUGAGUACGGCUGCUGGUGCGGAUUCGGGGGUUCUGGAACUCCUGUGGACGACGUGGACAGGUGCUGUCGGGUUCAUGACAAAUGCUAUGAAGCAAGCAGGAAGAUCCCUGGAUGCUCGGGCAUUUCCGAACUGCCCCAUAUCAUCGAUUACGAUUUCACCUGCUCCGGUCAGCAGGUUACCUGCUCAGCCACCAACGACAAGUGCCAGGCUGCCGCCUGCGAGUGCGACCGCGCGGCGGCCUACUGCUUUGCCCAAUACGAAUACAACCCUGACAACAAGAAUCUGGAUUCCAAAGUCCACUGUGUCGACUGA